AUGAUGCAGCAUAUAUUGUACCUGCUCGGUCAACUACAACUGGGAAGAGAUGAUAAUAUUAGCGGCAGUUUAGACAUAGAAGAAUGUGAAUCUGGGGGUGAGGAUUGGUGCGAUGACUGCGACUUUGCCUCUGACUCCGAAGAUACAGAUACUGACGAAGACUUUGACGAGGGCACAGAUGAGGACAUCGAUUCUGAAGAGGACGAGGAAUUGGAUAAAGAUCAACAAACAAGUUAUAGCAGAUCCGAUUUCUCUCUUCCGACCGGCUAUUGGCUGCGGCUGCCCGAGGUCUUAUUCCAACUUUCAAUGAUGUUCUGGACGCAUGAAGACCCCGCCGGAAAUAUGUCAUCUUCGGUCAUUGUUUACUACACUGCUGUCAUUGGGAUACAACGACGCUCUCUCGCCUUCAAUUCGGUGCAUAACUCUACAUCUGAACUAGCCGCAUUGAUUUGGGUUGGCCGGCUAUUAUUCCUCGAAUAUGUCUUACCGGUCUAA